UGCACCGGAAGUCGUGAGACGACAGUUCACUCUGGAGUUCGCCGAAAGAAAAGAAGUUGUGAAAUACCAAAAACACCACAUUAUGGAAGUCAUGCGAAGGCAUCCCAUGGACAAGACAUCCCCUGAAGCCAGAAUUACCGACUAUACGGUUAAGAUUCGCAACUUUUUACACCACUUCCUCAAAGUUGAUCCAUGGGUUCGUAUAAUUCUUAACCAUUCAAUUGAGUUUGAGAAGAUUGGAUGCGGCGAGAAUGAAGAUAAUCAGCAAUGGGUUGACAUUAAAGCGGAACAGAAUGUUGAAUGAGUUGUACUAUAC